AUGGCCGAGCGCACACACGCGACACCCACCGCACGCUUCCUGCACCGCUUCCGCCCGGCCAUCCCCUCCUUCUUCAGCACCGCCUCCUCCUCCGCCGGCCACCUGCAACCACCACCGCCCGCCGACACGGGCUACGGCGCCGCCUUCGGCCUCCGCCCCAGCAGCAGCCACUACUCGGGUGACGGCCUGCGCGGCGCGCCCGAUACGGUCCUCGAUUACGGCAACCGCCAUCGCCACAACCAUGGAUAUGAUGAUGAUUAUUAUAGCGACGAGGAAGAGGAAGAGAGCCCCAAAAGCCCGGAGUUCCGCCUCGGCCCGCGCGACCUCCACCUGCCGGGCACGCGGCUGCAUCUUCCCGAGCUGGAGCGCACGUGGACGCAGGGGUCGAAUGGUCCGCCGACGAGGCCCGGGACGGCAGCGGUGGCGGCGCCGGAGCCGGCGGUGGUGCAUGGGAGGCGGCACGGGUCGGGGCGGUCUGCGAGGGAGGGUCGUGGUGGUGAGGGGGAGGAUGGUGAGGGGGGGCAUCGGGAGCGGAGGAGGAGGAGGAGAAGGAGGCAUCAUGGGGAUAGGUCGGAGGGGGGUUCGAGCUUGUCGCGGUCGGGAGGGUCGUCGUCGUCGCGGAGCAGUAGGACGAGCAACCGGCCGCCGCCCAAGAACUUCCUUUUUUGUUUCCCCUGGAUCAAGUCGCGGCGGGUGCGGUCGCAGAUCCUGCGGUGUUUUGUGUCGGGCACGUUUCUCGCCCUGACCUUGUCAAUCUACCUCACGCUGUCGCUCACGCAAAACGUCACCAGCAACGAGUUCACCAUCCUGAUGAUCAUCAUCCUCCUCUUCGUCACCAUCUUCUUCUGCCACAGCCUCAUCCGCCUCUGCAUGCUGGUGGCCAAGGCGCGCAAGCGGGAACAGCUGGUGCAGCGUGGGCAAGCCGCGCCGGAGAUGGUCGGCCCCGGAGGCUACGCCAUCCCGCGCGAGCCCAUCCCCGUGGUGCUGGCCCGGGACGAGGAGGUGGCGGGGAUCGAGAGCGAAGCAACCAAGACCGGGCCGCCGGCGUACGGCGUCUGGCGGGAGAGCGUGAGGGUUGACCCCAACCGCCUUUACUGGAUGCGCAACCAGCAGCACCCUGCGGUCGAAGAAGUAUCCGAUCAUAGCAGUUCGAGCGGCUCGGGAAUCACGGGGAGCACGGGACCCACGGUGAGCUCGGUGAGCUCGCAGAGCAGUGGUCGCGCGCCCGUUCCUCGGCCGCCGUCAUAUUCUUCCGACGAUGGCGUGAGCUACGUGGUCGAGGCGCGGCCGAGGUCGAUGGCACCGCGGGGAAAUGCGCCGCCGGUGCCGCAUCCGUCUGAGAACGGCAUGUCAGGGUCGUGGUUCUGA